AUGGCAGUCUUUGAUACUCCUCAGGAAGCCUUUGGCAUCUUACGUCCGGUCUGCGUCCAGCUCACAAAGGCCCAGACGGUGGAGAAUGUUGAACAUCUGCAGGCACAAUUACGGGCCGUGAGUGACUCUGCCCUUCAGGAACUUCAGCAGUACAUCCUCUUCCCUCUGCGAUUCACCCUCAAGACCCCAGGCCCCAGAAGAGAGCGCUUGACGCAGAGUGUGGUGGAGUGCCUCACAUUCAUCCUCUCAUCGACAUGUGUGAAGGAGCAGGACCUGCUGCAGGAGCUCUUCUCCGAGCUCUCAUCCUGCCUCUAUUCACCCAGCUCCCGCAGACCCGCGCCCGUGGCAGAGGAGUUGAAGUUGGCUGUGAUCCGGGCUCUCAGUACCCUAAUGCACUCAGCUUAUGGGGACAUCAUUCUGACUUUUUACGAGCCCUCCGUCCUACCUCGUUUAGGAUUUGCCGUGUCUUUGCUACUAGACCUAGCUGAACAAGAGAAGUCAAAGCAAAUAAAGAUUGCUGCCUUACAGUGUUUACAAGUUCUCCUCUUCCAGUGUGAUUGUCAAGACCAUCCGAGGUCCUUGGAUGAGAAUGAGCAGAAGCAGCUGGGGGAUUUGUUUGCGUCCUUUCUGCCUGGAAUCUCCACUGCACUGGCCAGGGUUAUCACGGGAGACUUCAAACAAGGUCAUAGCAUUGUCGUAUCUUCCCUAAGACUCUUCUGUAAAACCGUGGCCUUCAUUAUGGCUGAUGAACAGCUCAAAAGAGUCUCAGAGGUCCAAGCAAAGCCUGCUGUUGAGAAGAGAUUAGCAGAAUUGAUGAUUCACAGGGAGCCAGAUUGGGUUAAAAAUACUGGGAACAAGUUAACUAUCCUUAUCAAAAAGAUAGUUGAGUGUGUCUCGGUUCACCCCCACUGGAAGGUGAGGCUGGAACUGGUGGAACUUGUGGAGGCCCUUCUGUGCAAGUGUAGUCAGUCCUUGGUUGAGUCUGCUGGGCCUCUCCUGAAGGCCCUGGUGGGUCUGGUGAACGAUGAGAGUGCAGAAGUGCAAGCCCAGUGCAAUAAAGUUCUGAAACGUUUUGCUGAUCAGAAGGUAGUGGUAGGCAACCGAGCCUUUGCUGACAUCUUGUCAGACAACCUGCAUUCCCUUGCAACGUCUCUCCCCCGCCUUAUGAACUCCCAAGAUGAUGAAGGGAAAUUGUCUACUCUCUCCUUGCUACUUGGCUAUCUAAAACUCUUGGGCCCCAAAAUAAACUUCAUCCUCAACUCCGUGGCCCAUCUUCAGCGCCUCUCCAAAGCACUUGUCCAAGUUCUCGAGCUGGAUGUGGCUGGCAUCAAAGUUGUCGAAGAGCGACAUUGGAACUCUGACCAACUGUGCGCCUCUCCAAAGACCUCAGCCACACGGCCGUGGAAUCACAUCCAGAGGAGGUAUUUCCGCUUCUUCACCGACGAAAGGCUUUUCCUGCUCUUACGGCAGAUCUGUCGCCUUCUCGGUUUUUACGGGAACCUGUAUUUACUUGUGGAUCACUUUAUGGAGCUGUACCGGGAGUCUGUGGCUUACCGAAAGCAGGCCGCCAUGGUCCUGAAUGAACUGAUUAUAGGCGCCGCUGGCCUGGAGGGGGAGGGUCUCCAUGAAAAGCCAAAUGUUCAGACGUGCCCAGAGGAACUGAGAGAGAUCGUAACGUCGAUAAUUGAGGAAUACACAAGCCAAGAAAACUGGUAUCUGGUUACCUGUAUGGAAGCUGCAGAAAUGGGAGAGGAGCUAGCUUUGAAGCAGCCAGGCCUCCAAGCCAUCACAUCUGGUGCCCACACCUGCCAAGUUACAUCUUUUCCAGCCUCAUCAAAGCCAAGUCCUACCAUUUGCUCCAUGAACAGCAACAUCUGGCAAAUAUGCAUCCAGUUGGAAGGGCUUGGCCACUUUGCAUAUGCGCUAGGAAACCACUUCCGUUUGCUGUUGAUGUCAGCCCUCUAUCCCAUACUAGAGAAGGCCGGAGACCAGACCCUGCUCAUCAGUCAGGCCGCCACGAGUGCCAUGAUGGACAUGGCUCACGCCUGCGGCUAUGAGUCCCUACAGCACCUGAUCAACCAGAACUCAGACUAUUUGGUGAAUGGGAUCUCGUUAAAUCUGCGCCAUCUGGCUCAGCACCCUCAUACCCCGAAAGUCUUGGAAGUCAUGCUGCGGAACUCGGAUUCCAGCCUGCUUCCUUUGGUGGCAGAUGUGGUUCAAGAUGUCCUGGCCACCCUGGACCAAUUUUAUGAUAAGAGAGCGACUUCCUUUGUCAGUGUUCUGCAUGCCCUGCUGGCAGCAUUAGCCCAGUGGUUCCCAGAUACAGGACAACUCCAUGAGCAGAGUUUAGGGGAGCAUCACUUGAGCCAAAGACCAGCAUUUCCUGAGAAAGGACCUGAGAAGACCGCCACAGCCGAAGACAUUGAACAGUUCGUGCUGGACUACCUCAGAGAAAAGGACGUGGCGGAGGGCAAUGUCUCGGAUUUUGAUGAGGAAGAGGAGCCGACAGCCCCUUGUGAAAUGGACGAGAGUGACACGCGUCCCAGUGUGGAGCCACCGCUGCCCAUGCACAUCCAGAUAGCCAAAGACGUGAUGGAGCGCUGCAUCCACUUGUUGUCAGAUAAAAACCUGAAAAUCCGCUUGAAGGUCUUGGAUGUGCUGGAUUUGUGUGUGGUAGUUUUGCAGUCCCACAAGAACCAGCUCCUUCCCUUGGCUCAUCGCUCCUGGCCCUCGCUCGUGCACCGACUCACAAAUGAUGACCCCCUAGCAGUGCUGAGAGCCUUCAAGGUUUUGCGGACCCUGGCAAACACGUGUGGCGAUUUCCUCCGGAGCCGGUUCUGCAAAGAUGUCCUACCGAAGCUGGCAAGCUCCUUAGUCAGCCAGGCGCCCAUCAGUGCCAAGGCCGGCCUGGUUUACUCCCACACCCUGGCCUUCAAGUUGCAGCUGGCCGUCUUGCAGGGCCUGGGCCCCCUCUGCGAGAACCUGGACUUAGGUGAGGGUGACCUGAAUAAAGUGGCUGAUGCCUGCUUGAUUUACCUCAGCGCCAAACAGCCCGUGAAAUUACAAGAGGCUGCCAGGAGUGUUUUCCUCCAUUUGAUGAAGGUAGACCCAGACUCUACCUGGUUCCUCCUGAAUGAACUGUACUGUCCCCAGCAGUUGGCGCCCCCACACUCCAGCCUCUACCCUGUGCGGCUGCGGGGGCCAACGGGACAGCCAAACCCCUACACAGCCAACGUGCUGCGUCUGCUCAGUGAGCUGCAGUGA